AUGGAAUCUGUGAACAAAGUCACCGGCGGAGGAAGGCGAUCUCGAUCACCAGCGAUGGAGGAUCAGAAGAUAACGGAUGAAGUUCAUAGCAGCUUGAGCUUACCUGUGGAGAAGGUUACAACCGAAACUGAGGCGCCUUCAAAGACGGUUGGAGUGACGCUUGAAGAUCCCAUGAUUUUGCUCAAUAAAUCAAUUGGGUCAAUUGUGUCCAAGAAGCAUGAACACAAGGACAGUGAACAAGGAGAGUGGAUAGCUGAGUAUGCUAACUGGUUUGCUCCAGGAAGUAGAGUCAUUCUAAUUACUCAGGACAAGAGUGUUCUUGAGGAGUCAGGAGUGAAUCAUGUGUAUGUGUACGAAGUUGGGUCUUUAAGAUAUGAUGAAGCUCUUCAACUCUUCUCACGCUUUGCUUUUAAGCAGCCAUAUCCACCUCCGGAGUUCGAGCGACUCUCAGUUCGUGCUGUCCAGCUUGCAGGUUUUCUUCCAAUGGCCAUUAGACUGUUUGGCUCGUUUUUAACUGGACAAAGUAAAGAGGAGUGGGGAGCUACACUGCUUAAACUCAAUGCAAAGCAAAGUAAGGAAGCAGUGGAAGUGUGGAAGUGUGGAAGAUUAUGGAAGCAUCAGAAGAUGAACAUAUUGUGGAAUCAUCAUCACAAAGAUAAACCACAAUAG